UCAAGCAAAGUUGUUAAAAGUCAAACUUUGGCGUCGACGUUUGUUCUCUGGUAGUUCAGCAGCGAAAAUGGCCGCACUCCAAGACAGUUCUUGAGAAGUUUAACCGAAAACUAAUCUGUUCAUGUCUCGAGAAGGAAACCACUCAAGCGCUUCGAUACAAGGUGAAAUGUCAAGUGAUAACCUGCACGACCAAAAGGAGGCUUACAAGUAAGAAUUUGAGUGCAGCAGGAGCAGAGCAGAAUCUUCAGGAUGGCGAGCACCCUGCAGUCUGCACAAGAAUUCCUAAAAAAAGGUCGAACUCUGCUAACUACCAGCAUCCUGAAUCGUGAUCCUGUAUUUGAAGGCUUAAAUGAAUGCAAAUUCUUCAUGAAUUAUGAACUUGAUUUAGUGAACUCUGCAGCAGAUAGAUGGGAAAGUUUGCUUGACAUAGUUAUUUCUAAAGGAGAAGAAGCAUGUUAUACUUUCUUAAAAAUUCUUGACAAGACUAGAUUUGAAGUAUUUCCAAGACCUGGUUUACAGUAUCCAGAUUUACAUCACUGGAUUAGCUGCUUCUCUUUCCAGGAUGAACCACAACCACAAAGUUCAAGCAAACCAGACACAGAUCCAUGUACCGCCUACCAAGGUCUUUUGCGGCUAAAAGCAAGGCAAAUACUGGAUGAUAAAUGGAACCAAAGCAUGAACUUCUUGAAAAAUGAGCCAAAAAGAAAACCUUUUAAAUACAUACCUCUUGUUCUGGACACAGAUUCCAGCACAGUUACAAAGCUUAAAAAAACCAAGGAACAUAAAAGUCGCUGGAAAAAUCUUAAGAUCUGCAUUCCAACCGAUAGAAAAAUGUUGUCACCUAAACACUUACUAAUGAAUGAUGAGAAAACCAUCCUACUUGUGGGGAAACCUGGAGUGGGAAAGACAACCGUUGCAUUGGAGAUUCUUCGACUUUGGAUAGAAGAGAAAAGCAUUCAAGUGAGUUAUAUGUUUUAUUUUGACGAGGCACUGAUGAGAAACGUCUCCCAGUCUCCAUUACCUCAGACCUUGAAUGAUCUUCUUUUCAACCACUAUAUAUGCCCAAAUGAAGCAUCAAAUGAAGUGCUGGAAAAUAUUGAGAGAAAUUCUGAGAAUGUUGUCCUAAUUUUUGAUGGCAUCAUUGAUGUGAUUGACAACUCCGUGAUUAAACACCUCAUGGAUAAAGAACUUUUAAUGGAUGCAAAGGUCUUGACCACAUGCCGACCAGAAGCUGAGGAUGAAGGCUACCUAUCGGUUUGGUCAUCUUACAGAGUAGAGGUUCUGGGCUUUAAUCAUGAAUCCAUUCAUGAAUACUUUAAAUGGAUGUUGGGAACAGAGGCUGAUUCGGGUGUCUGUGCUUUAGACAACCUAGAGCUAUUCAGUUUGUGCUCUGUGCCACUGUAUGCCUUCAUAGUAACUGCCUGUAUUUUAAUAAGUCCCACUGAAACCAGAAAUAAGUCAUUUACAAUUACAGAGAUGUAUGUCAGAAUUUUUCGCUUUUGCAUGAAACAGCACGGGAACAAAGACGUGGAGCAGUUGGAUGAGUACAUUACAGACAACAAGAAAGACAUUGUAUUCUUAGCUCAAGCCUCAUAUCACGCAAUGCUAGCAAAGACCGUGAACCUGACACAUUUGGACCAUACGCACAGAUCUGUGCAAAAUGCUUUCCUGAGCAGAAAUCCAUCUGCACCCUCUCUCAAAGUGUCUGCAUUCCUUCACAAUACAAUGCAAGAGUUUUGGGUAGCUCUCUUUCUCAUUUUAUAUCCUGAGAAUAUUCCUCAAGUGUUGACUCAAUGUCAGAGCGAUGAAGAAGGAAAAUACCUCAAAUAUAUCAUUCCUUUUUUGUCUGGUCUUCUGUCCGAUCCACUGGUCGAAUAUAUAAAAUGUUUGGUUCCGGUAGAACAGAUACAACCCACACGUACCGAGUACUUUCCACAGAUUAUAGACACUUUUCUUUACACUAAGGAACUGAAUCAAGAAGGAGUUGGUGAGCAAUUUGUUGAAGCUGACAACAUCCUUUUUGUGUGUCGAUGCCUUUAUGAGUAUCAGUCUCCUGAAGCAUGCCAACACUUCCUCAAUAAGGUUCACUGUGAGCUUGAUUUACAAGACCAAGAUCUUGAUCCUUACCAGUGCUGUGUGGUAUCCUAUGUUGUCAGUCAUUCUAAGAAUCACACUGUUCAUCUGGACCUCACGAAUUGUAACAUUCCUGACCACGGGUUAAAACUUAUCCUGGGCUCACUAAAUAAACUCAAAUCUCUCAGGCCAUCAUGCAAGUCUCAGAUGUGGAGAGUGGCUUUUGAAACGGAACAGUUUUCAGAUUUUGAUAGUCUGUUUAGACUAUUUAAAUUUGAAAUGCACUUUAAUGUGCAUGAAAAACAAGAUCAGAAAGUUUUUCAAAAAAUGAGAGAACUCCUCAAGCAGAAGAGGUCAGAGACUGUUCAUCUUUAUCUGCAUGUAAAUGAAGACAAAAUAACAAGGUCUUUGCAGCAGACCAUUUUUGAGAGCCUACCCAAUAUUGGAACAAUUAGGAUUUUUCCCAGUUACAUGAAAUUGGCUAUAGAAUCAGAGCUGUUCCUUCAAGGAGCUAUGUAUGAGAUAAAGACAAGUCAACGUUGUAUAAGGAAUCUACUGUCUGUGCUCAGCAGUAAUGAAAGAGAAAACUUUGAGGAUCAGCGUGAUUUUUUACUGAAACUGCAUGCACAUGCUAAGAACAUGGAUGCUUGUGCGGCUUUACAACCUGUGUUCCAUGCAUUGCCGCCUGUAUGGGUUGUAAAGUUUUCAAACACAUCAAUGUCACUGCUCCUCCAGAUCAUGAAGGCUCUGAAUUUAAAGAAGCCAGCUGAUUUAGAUGUCACUUAUGAGCAGGGUGAACUUAAACGAUUUCUUCAAUGCAUGCCCUAUAUUACAGAGAUUAGGUUCAGUAGUGCUCUCAGACAGCCUGAGGACAUCCUCAAGAUUGUGAAGAUUGUUGCCGACCUUUUCAUUUUCGCAUCUGAAAGCGGAGAGGAGACACUAAGUAGCCUUUCUGCAGCAUGCAGUUACCAAACCUUCCCAUUUGUUCAAGACACUAAAGAUGUGCAGAGCUUUUUCUUUUUAGAUCUCUUCGCCCAGUUGAGGAAAAGUUCAGCAUGGGAGAUGGUACUGCCUGCAUUGGAGCCCAUUUUUAAGGUUGCCCCAGCUAUAUGGAAAUUGGAUCUAUCAAAACUACAGAAGACAUUUCCUUUAAAUGAUCUAUUAAAGCUUGGGUCUAUCCAAAAAACUGUGGAGCUCAGGAGCUGGUCAUUUGACAAAGACCAACUUAAGAGUUUCCUAAAUUGUUUACACUAUAUUUCAUAUCUUAGUUGUGCUGAGGAGUUUUUCCAGGCAGUGUGUGAAAUUGUCUCGGUUGACAGGGAAUGGAACCCAAAACAAGUCACUGAGCUGUUAAGACUGCUUGGUUUUAACAUUUCAUUGACAGAGAUGCUUCCAAGACGCCUAUGUAAGGCUGUUGAGAGCGUGUUUGAUCUUCUGGAUGAUGAGAAUGUUUCUUUAAGCCUUCUCCCUAAGAGCAUCUCUUGUCACGGUUCUGCUUUUCUCUUUUCAAACGUAAAAAGGCUUCAGACAUUAAGAGUAAAUGAAAUUGCAACAUCAAAGCUAGCAAGGCUGGUGAAGUCAGCUAAGUCGGGAACAAAACCCAUAACUGUGGAAAAGCUGUCUUUGGUUUUGUCUAGCUCUUCUCUACCAGAGAAAGCACUUUGUCAGCUGUUAAGUAGCCUGAAUGUUCUUCUUAGUGUCUGGACAGUUCACAACUUGGAUGUUUCAGAAUUUAAAAUAGAGGCUUACUUAUUCAUAUCCCUCUUGAGUCUGCAGAGUCCCCUGUCUAUUAGAUUUCAUGAAGACACUCUGCAACAACUAGCAGAUAUUGUGUAUGAUGCUCAAGAUGAAAACCUGACACAGUUGUUCCUGGAAAAAAUUGAUAGAGACUUGUCAACUUGUAAUCUCUCCUGGGAUGUUUUAUAUUAUUUAAUCAAAGGCUCAAAGAAAAAAGUGACACUAGACCUUCCCGAGGGAAGGUUUAAUGUAUCUAACAUUCCAAGCCUUCUCACUGUACUCGAUACAGUUCGCUUUAAAAGGAUAAGCCCACGUUUUGUCAGGGCUGCAUUGAGAGAGAUAUAUCAAAAACGGGCAGGUCAUCUUAUUGUGAAAUUAUUGCAAUCUUCAGCUGACCUGAUUAACCUUUGCAUGAGAGAGUUGGACUCCACCGAUUGCAAAGCUCUCUGCUUUGCUCUGCACUACAGUGAUGGGGUUAAGCUCAAUCUGUUGAACUCUGUCAUACCAAGUAAUGAGACUGAGAGCAUUGUCAAGCUUCUACACAGAGUUUCUGAUCUCAGGAUUGAUAGAAAGCUGAUGUUGAACUUUCUUCGUGUCUCUAAGGACAUGGAAAAGCAAGGAUAUCCUACAUCUCCACUCUUAACCACACUGAACCACAAACUAGACUUCUCAUGCCAUUCAUCCAUCAGCAGUGGUCGUUUUACUUUAAGUGUUAUGGAUUGUAUGGCCAUUUCCUGUGCCAUUGAAACAUCAGAGUGUGACACAGAAUUAAUUUUAGAUGACUGCAAAGCGGAUGAUUCUGCACUAGAAAUUCUUUUUCCUAUUUUACACAAAGUGCAUCUUCGCUUGGGCAAAGACCUCCUUUGCCAGUUUCUGACCUUGAUUUUAAAUGCUCCAAUGGCUAUGUCUUUGAAAUGGGCAUCAUCACUGUCCAAAGCACUUGGAAAACAGCUGGACCUCAGUGACACCCCAGUUAACUACCGUACUUGUGAGUCUCUGCAAUUGGUUUUGGACUACGUAGAGGAGCUAACACAUCUUAAGCUAAGUCACUGUCAAAUCACAGAUGCCUGCUUGGAUCUUUUAACCCCUUACCUUCACAAAAUUAUGACUCUAGAUGUAAGUGGCAAUGAGAUUACUGACAAAGGACUACAGAGACUGUGCAGCACCUUAGAAGGAAACAGUUUCACAAAGACCAUAUGCCUUUGUGACAACCAAAUAACUGAGACUGGGCUUUUGGUGGAAGAAGUACGUUUUGUAACCCUACAUGCUGGUACAAAAACAUGUGCCCAACACCAGAGUUAUAUGACAAAAGAUUUGACAUUAAAAAGCAAGAUGGAAAAAACACACAAGACCUGUUUUAAGAGAGAAGAUCAUGUGAUGGAGUUUGAGCCUGAACUAGAAGUGAAUAAAGGCAAGAUUUUCUAUAGGUUUCAGUGCAACACAGGAGGCCUUUUCAUGUGCAAGGCAACAGGACUUGUGUUUGGAAUGAAAGGGAGUGGAUGUGUAGAGUACAGCGUGGCUCACUGGGAUAAGCGUAUCCUCAUGGGAACACAUUAUGAGCCUGCUGGGCCUUUGUUUGAUAUCAAAACGCCUGCAGGACAAAUGUAUGAACUUCAUCUUCCACACUGUGAGACAAAAGUUGAUGAAAUUGGGAAACUCUCUGUUGUCCAUACACAUGAAGACAAACCGGAAUUCAUGACACCAGUCAGAAUAACUAAAACGCAUAUAGCUGUAAAUAUCUGUAGGUUAUCUCGGUAUGGAAUUGUGGAUGAGAAAGAUCGUGACCGCAAAAUGAUCAGUGGGCAAGUGCUGCUGUUUCUGGAGCCAGAUGUGUCUGACAGACAGCAAAGAAUAUGGGUUUUCCUAUUGCCAAGCAAUGUUCCACUCUUAGAGAUAAAAGAACAGCAACAAGAUUAUGAGUUUAUCCAGACCAGCUCUAACUGCAAACUGUGGUUAAAUGAAAAGUACACGCUGAUAUCAAAACAAGCUGAAAGAGUCCAACCAAAGGAAUGUUUAUUUGAAUCUUUACAUGCUGGCAAUCACCAUCCUACAUUUGAGGUCUUUUUAGACAAAUGUGUGACUGAACUGCGAAUUAAAAUUAUUCAUAAAUUAAAGAAAAAUGACAGUAUUUUAUUUAAAAAUGCUUGGAAGCGUUGGAUAAUUCUCAAAGCAAAAAAAGAUAAUUGCAAACAAAUCACCUCUGAAGAACUUGUAAUCAAUCAUGGAAACACGGAUUGUAAUAGUUUACAAAAAUGGAAAUCUGAUCUUCGUGACAUCUUAGAGGAUCUCUCCAAAGAGGAACUCAAAAAACUAAAGCAUUUAAUGCGAAACAGUGAGAACAGAGACUCCAUUCCUGUGUCUAAACUUGAAAAAACCAAGAAAGACAGAUAUAAGCUGGUAAAUUUGAUUGUUCAGUCAUGGGGAUUUAAAGAAUCUGUGAAAGCUACAAAUGAGUUUAUGAAUAAGCUCCCUCGCAGAGAUGAUUUAGUGAAAGGACUGCUGGAGCCACAUCUGAAACAGUUUGGCCUUCCUGAUUAGUGGAAUAUAAACCCUGCAACCGCAUUUUGAAACCAUUUUACAUGAGCAUUCAAUGGCAGGUUAUGUAUGUUAAUUAUACUGUAUAUGUAUAUAUUUGUUUGUACCUUAAUUGUAAAUGUACAUGUAUAUAUAUAAUUGUAUAUUUUUUAUUGCAUAUAUUUAGGUUCAUGAUACUAAUGUAUGUAUAAAUUCGUGUUUGGUGAUAGUGAACAGAUAUUUAUUUUAUUUGAAAAUAUUUAUUUAUUGUGCAGAACAACUCUUUUGAUACAACCCUACCUCUAAUAUUGUGUUUUUAUAUGCUGUUGUGUUCAUGUUGUGUAAGCGAACCGUCAGGGCCCCUAGGCCCUCACAGAGGACCUUAAAGUUGCCAUGAAACUGAAGUAGCAAUUGCCUUAUUUUCCACUAAACAUAGUCAAAUUAUGCACUCUAUGCGUUUUUUGCACAUGUGUACAUGCCUGUGUGGGAACAUUUUGAGUCAGAAACUGAGAUAGCAGGCCAGAGCUCGAUAUUUUUGUGAUGAAAUAUGCAAUUUCUGAAUGCAAAACUUUUCACUAAUAAAAAACACCUACAAGGCCUGAAAGAGAUCAAGCCCCAGCCAGGAAAAAUACAGCAAAAGUAACAAAAAAGAACCGUAAGCAUUACUUUCCAAGUAACAAAGUAGUGCAAUUAGUUACUUUUUUUGGGAGUAACUUAUUAUUGUAAUGCAAGCGUGCCGCACAAGCCCUGAAAAGUGAAGCCUAAAAUGUCUCGAUCACCCCCCCCCCCCAGUACUGGUCCCAGUAUAGGUCAUAAACCCCGCGUCCCCCAUGUUAUUCAAUGGUACUUAAGACCAACUAAACAAUUUAUUUACACUUCAAUUAUCUUUUUUCCGAAGUUGGUUUCUGUCAUAUACUGUAGUUUUUAUCACGUUCAUGUAAAUACAAGUGUUUGUUUUUAAAAUAUGUUUGUUUUUAGUUAGUUAUUUAAUGCUAGAAAAACAGUGGUGUCACGUCAUGAUUGACAGCUGUGAUAUGCGCAUUCUGCAAGGGCGAGGCCUUGAUUUCGCUGCUUUACUUCCUGCUAACUACUGCGCAGAACUGGUCCCGAAAAUGCUUCUGCGCAGACUCAAGACCCAAGAUUUCAGCGUUGUAUCGGGACAUUGGCGGCUUCACUUUUCAUCAAUGGAAGAGAGCGAAUGGGCGUCGUCCAUUUUUUUUUACAGUCUAUGUUGUAAUGUAACUGUUCUCUUCAGUCUGUACGUGAACGAGCUGCCUGAAGUGUGUCCUGAAAUUGGCCUUCAAAUGUAUGCCGAUGACACUGUGGUUUAUGUGUCUGGCAAAAACCCUGUUGUUAUCGGUAGUACACUAAC